AUGGAGGUCAGGAUCGAGGGCCCCGAGAAAGACCCCGGACUAUCACGGAGAAGCGACUCAUCUGGAGACGUAUUCUCCGUUGCGAAAUCAGAACAACUUUCUCGAUACAUGGACGAUCUCAAGUUCCUUAAUGGAACGUAUGGUCCUAAGAGCGCUGUUUCCGAAGUCGUCCGACCAAGUUUCGCGCAGUUCUUGAAGAAACGCAUUUCCAAGGACGAAAUGCGCUCUCACCCCGCUGCAAGGAACCAAGCCUGGCUGGCCAACACUGGUCAUCGAAACCAGAGUGGGCGCAUGUAUCCCAAGUCGGAGUCGGACGCGAAAUGGUGGUUCGAGUUCCUGGGCGACGACCGCAUUGUCCGCUUGAUAGUCAUUGAACCAACAUCGUGA